GAAGACUAAAAGAAAAGAAAAAAAAAAUAUAUAUAUAUAUAAUAAAAUAUCAAAGUUCUAUAUCUUCAAGAAGAAUUUUUUUCGUAGAUGAAAAAAGAGGUAAGAGAAGAAAAAAAAAAGAAAAAAAGAUCUCCAUCGAUUUUCGGCUCCGUUUGUUAAUAACAAACGCGCGUUAUUUCCAAUGCUUCAAUUUCUUCCCUUUACACAUCUUCCAUUUCAAUUUUUCCGUAACGCGAGUAAAUAAGUGCGUGUCAAAGAUGCCUCGGCUGAAUUGUAAGUACAUAGAAAGGAUACAUAUGUACAACAAUACAAGACGAUCCCAUUAAAAAACUAAUGCGGUAAACAAAUAAUUCCGCAGGAACACGUACUCCCCGCGUAGUGAGUUUGUAAUGACUCUAGUUGCACUUUGCUGCUAACUUAAUGAUCAACAUAACAUAAUAAUAUUAAUUAUCAUUAUUUUAACGAUAUUGAGAAGGAGAAAGAGAAGAUUUAUUUAAAUGAUUUAUGUGAGAGAGGAAGAGAGAGAGAGAGAGAGAGAAAACAUGCUAUAGAAAAUGUUUAAAAAAAAGAAAAAAAGAAAAAAAAGCAGAAGAAUUAAAAGGAUCACUCGAACAGCUCUGAAUGUCUAUUUUUUCAAACGCGAUUGUGAAAAAAGAGCAAGGAUCCUAUAUUAUUAUCAGCAUUAUUAUUAAUAUUAUUAUUAUUGUUAUUAUUAUUAUUACUAUUAUUAUUAUUAUUAUUAUUAUUAUUAUUAAUAUGAUUAUAAUUAUCAUCAUCGUCAAAUUCGAUGAUUAUUACAGCCCCGAGUGAUAACUCGCGAAUUAAUCAAACUUGGUUCGAUGAGAAAUCGCACAAAGUAUUAUAACAUAAUAUAAAGUUAUAAAGUUUUGAUUUAGCUUUUCACCAUAAAUCAGAGAUAAAAAUUGCAUCGUGAUUAAAAGAGAAAAAAAAUAAAUUUCCUUAAAUCAAACUCCGACGAUCCCAUUCCUUCCCACAUUGUGUCUAUCGUUAUAGGACACUGUGUUAACGUAAAUAAAUAAAUAAAUAAAUAUAUAUAUGUAUAUAUAUAUAUGUAUAUGUAUAUAUGUAUAUGUAUAUAUAAAUGCAAAUAUAUUUUGAUCUGUCGAUUAGUUACGAAAUAAAGACUGAUAAAUAUCUCUCUAAGUGUACGAUUUAUUUGAUAUAAUAACGAGGAUGUUUUAUUUUGUUUUCUUUCGAACAAUAACGACGAAGAUAAAAAAUCAUAAUUUAAUCGAAAUAUUUAUCGAUAGGUGAUCAAUCGAUGGUAAUCAAUUUCAUUCUAAAGAAAAAAACUGCUGUCAGACAAAAAUAAAUGGUGAUUAACAUUUGACAUAAGGAAAAAAUGAAAACAACAACGGGAAUAAAAAGUUAUUAGGAUCCUAAUAAAAUUUUAGAAAUAUAUUAAAAGGUAUAAAAAGAGAAGAGAAACUAAAGAAAGAAAUAAAGAAAAUAAUUCUUUUCUCUCGAAGAAGUUUUCGGAACUGGCUUAUAUCGAAAGUGGUUUCCCGAAUUGUUCGCGAUCCCAUUACCUUCCUAGAUUUUUACCACACCACGUGGAUUCCCUUCCGGGAUUGAGAUCGCAAAAUCGGGAAGAAAAAAAUCGUCUCGAAGGAUUAUCUUAUUUCGUUCAAAGUGUCGAACAAAAAGUUGAAACUAAAGAACUCGAAGAGGAAUCUACGAAAUCCGAAGUCAAAGUCAAAUCUUCAAACUCUUCCAGUGCUAACAAGAAGACACGAAAACCGAAUCCGAAGAUUGUUUUCAGAGCCUGUCCUUUAUUCGUUAGAAAAGGUGACAAAGUGAUAUUUAAUUUUCAACACUUUACGAGCCCUGAAAAAGUCUUAAGGGAGUAUAUUCGUAUCAACGUGUACAACAAAAACAGAUUGGCUAGAAUCGACAAACAGAAAAUAUCGGAAGCGUUAUGUUCAUUGCAUUGCGAUAAUCAAUUGGAUUCUGAUGUAGAUCCGAACGAUUCCAAAUCAAAAAUUAUUUCUAAAUACGAUAACGCUAAAGAACGGUCAAAUAAUGGAAGAAAAAUGUCUGCGAGAAAAAGUAAAAUUAAGCAAAAUAUCAAUACGGAGAAUGCACGUUGCUUAACAAAACCAGCACAUACGUGGCAACCUAUAAAAAGGAUCUCUGCGACGAACAACAUCGUAUAUGAAUUCAAUCCUUUUGGAAAUCUUCAAAAGGAGGAUGCGUUAAAAGAGGUAAGAAUCUCAAAAUCAACAACGAGCGUCAAAAAAGAUAUUGUAAAGACUAAAACUCGUUCCAUUGCAUCGUUACCGAAAUUAAAUCCCUCUAUAAAUUGUUCGAUUAACGUUUUCGAAAAAGAAGAAAAAAUGACAAAUGUAUUACAAGACCAAGCGUCUUUACCAUUUAUUUUAAACAAAACAAGCACGACGAAAAAUGAAAGAAUUUCGAAAAUAUUAGAUAAUAGAUAUAAAAUGACACCAUUGAAAUUAAGUGAAAUCGAUCAGGACGUGCAGAAUAUAAAAGCUAAUUGGGAACAAUUCCAAAACUGUCAAUAUCGUAAAAAUAAAUAUAUGUCUAAUCCACGUAUAAGAAAGUUAUAUGACAUUUUGGAAAGUACUACGUAUAAUAUAAAUAAAAUAAAACAAAAUGCUGACUCAACGAAGAAUCAAGACGUAUUAAAAAAUAUCAAUAAACUUCCAAAAGAACCUAAAACAUUAAAUAUUCAACGAGACGUCGAACGUACUAAGAACAAGUUAUUUUCAAAACGAGAUCAACGGACUAAUUUAAAAUCUACAAUCACGAAUACUUCGCCAUCCAAACAAUUUAAGGAAGACAUUUUAAGAAAAGAGAAAAAAGAUAUUAAAAAACGAUCGUUGUUUACAGAAAAAAAAUUAUGGAAUAUAAACAAUAUUUUAAACUACGAAUCGAAUUUAUUAAAUUCUUAUGAAAAUGAAUCUUUGAAACGAAAAAAAUCAUCUAAAGUUAAAUCCGAGAUAGAAAACUAUUUAGAUGAUUAUACAACAAAUAUUGAUAAACUCAAUACAAUGAAAGAUAAAGAUUUAAAUAUGAACAUAACGGAUUGUGAAAAUGACUUUGAAGAGAAUCCUGAAAAAGAUUUCGAUUAUCCCGCUUCCAUUAAUGAAAAAGAUAUUAAUAAUUUUGAGAAAGAAGAAAUUGAAACAUUUAGGAGCAAUAAUGAUAUUGAAAAAAAUAAAGAAUCAACGAAUGAAACGAAAAAUAUAGAUACAAAAUCAAUUGAAACUUUUGAUGCGAGAAAUAAUGGAAAAUACUUAGAAGGAAAUACAUUCGUUGAAAUGGGCUUUAAUGGCUUAAAUCUAUCAAAAAAUGUAUUGGAUCAAAUCCUUCAGUCGGAAUACUUAAAAAAAGAUUUACUGUCAUUGUAUCCUAUCUAAGAAAAAAAGAAAAAAAAAGAAAUUAAUCGAAU